CAAGAUAUCAAGUACGGAUUCUAUUAUUGCGGUGGAAAGCUAGCCGAGUAUCUCAACACGGAUCAAACCAAGCUUGGAACGAUUUAUGAUCUUGGAAGAUCUGCCUUGGCCUUGAAUUGGGGUUCUGAGUAUCCGAUUACGGAGGUUAUUGACGACAAUGAGAACUACAUGAUGCUCAAACUGAAUAGUGAGCUAAACAUUGUGGUGGAAGACAUCAACAAGAGUUUCAAGUUCACACAGAAGAGCGAUCUUGGGUCCCAAUUAGGGCAUGAACUUAGUACUCUCGAGCAAAAGUAUAGUUUCGUGUUUCGCCUUGCCGCAACCACUACGAAACCUCGAACUCGAACACUAGUGAACGCCGACUUGAGUAUUGCUUAUUACCAUGCAGUCCGGGUAUGUCUUUUUCGAUGCACUUUAAGUGAUCUCAAAGCUCCUUGUCCAGACAUAAUUCAGUCAUCUCUAAGUUGCAUCCUCAGCAUUGCUCACCAAACCUUUGCAACUGGAGACGAUGCACUUUUCCAUCGAAUCGAGUGGCCCAUCUUUAUAGCUGGCGUGGAGAUCAAGGAUGAGAUACACAGAGAAUGGAUCCAAGAAAAACUGAAACACAGUAACAUUGGAACGGCGUUGAACGAGGUCAUUCAAGUGCAGCAAGAGUUUGGCAGAAGAGUUGGAGUGGAAUUCAUGAGAGAUGUUUUCUGUAAAGGUCUUAGAGCGCCCUGA